AUGCGGGUCUGCAGCCUCCCCAAACUGGUGAUCAAUUGCAACAAGCAGGUGUGUACCCUGGAGAUAACUGACACCACCGGGAGCCACCAGUUUCCAGCCAUGCAGAGGCUGAGCAUCAGUAAAGGGCAUGCAUUUUUGCUUGUCUACUCAGUAACCAGCAAGAGCUCCCUUGAAGACUUGAACUCCAUCUACACAGAACUGACGCGGAUCAAGGCGGCCGAGUUUACUCGGGUGCCUGUAAUGCUGGUUGGCAACAAAUGUGAUGAAAAUGAGGCGCGAGAGGUCUCCCAGCCCCAGGGACAGGCGAUCGCGAAGCGCUGGAAAUGUGGUUUCAUGGAGACCUCGGCGAAGCUAAACCAGAACGUGAAAGAGAUGUUUCAAGACCUCUUGCAGAUGGAGACACGACGAAACAUGACGUUGGUCGGCGAAGUUAAGCAAGAGUCCGGCCUACGCGCUUUCUUUCGUCGUCAAUUGCGCGUCAACGAAACGUCUCCUGCACUAUCUUCUUCAAAGAACGGCAGUGUUCCGGGCAGGAUGGAGGGCAAAAUAAACUUCUCGAGCAAAAAGAAGGAAAACCAAAAGAACACAGUCAAAGAGUCGAGUAAGCAGUACUCAUCACCGGAAGAUGAAGUUGUGAAUACGAAUAAAAAGUGCUCCUUAAUGUAA